AUGGAUGCGGACCCCCCACCGGCAAAACGGCGAAGGACGUCGCCGCGUUUGUCGAAUCGCGGUAGCACGGAGCCGGCGCCAGAUGCAUCGACAACGGCGACAACACCACCAGACGCUCCGCAGACGGCGGACACGCACACAGAAACAGACGAGACACGAGCACGGCCGCCCUCGUUUGCUUCGCCGACGCGUGCCAGCCUCGCCCGGCACAAUCCCGCGAUUCUCCACAGACGGCAGUCUGUUUCACGAAAUGAAAAUGAAAAUGGAGAUGGACAUGGGAAUGGUACCGGAAGCACCGAAGGCGACAAUGCUCAGCCCAGCGUGGAGGCUGUGGAGGCCAUGAUUGACGAGCAGCUGGGCCAGAGCAGCGCGGAAAAGGAACACGACGUGCGGCCGCUUGCUCGCCCACCGGUUCGUUCGCCGGUUCGGUCGCCGUCCCGCCAGUUGUCAACCACACGGCCGCUGGCACAGCCCCCACUGCGGUCCCCUGCACGUCUCUCGCGGUCCCGGUCCCGGUCGCGCUCGCCUACACGCCGACUGUUUGGCGCGGACAAUGCUACCCUUCGGGACGGUGCCGGCAACGGCAGUGGCGGCGCGCUGUUUGGAGCGGCACCGCAAAAGUCCCCCGAGGCAGUGUCUGCUGCCCGUCACCGUCCAGCCGACGGACUCCCAGGGGGUGUUGUCGGCAGCGUGCCGGGCAGUCUGCUGGGCGCGCCUCCGCGGCGGUCGCCCAUGAAGCCCGUGCCGCGGCCUCUGCCGCCGCCCGACCCGCAGCGCGGCGAAGACUUGCUGGAGCCGCUCAUUGCGCGCGACAAGCAGCGGUCCGGCCUCGACCAAUUGCGCAGCUACGAAGAGGUGCCACCCGAGCCAGAACUGCCGCCGACACCCGACCACGUCGACAAGGAGGCCCUCACACGGUCCCCGCCGGGCAUCCACCACAGCAGCACGCCAUCCAAACGGCCGAAACGGGCGGCUCGAGCGCGUGCUGCGAAUGCUGCUGCUGCUGCUGGUGCCGGCGGUGUGCAGAAGACCAAGCCGGGCACGGUCCAGACCAGUUCGCCGCUGAAACAGCCACCGGUGAAGGCGGCAGACACAGCGACUACGGGGACGACGACGCAAACAGAAGCCGAUGGUGGGGACGCCGCUCUGCAGGAAGCGAGCGGCAAUGAUCCCACGACAACGGAAAAAACAGCCAAGCGCGGUCGCGGCCGCCCGCGGAAAAGCGAGCCGGCGCGCAACGUCCAGCCCGCGGACCCAGACGAGCACAAAAAGCGGGAGCGGGACGCGCUGCAGGCUGAGAUUGCCGGACUGGAAGCGGAUCUGGCGCUGGCGGCUGCUGCGAAUGAGCGGAUGCGGAGCGCAGUCGAAAACGGUGGGCAGAGUGCGGACGGCGACAAUGCGGCGGCGCUGAUUAGUUUGCUGCGGCGUCACGUCCUUCCCGAUGACGAGGCUGGUAACGACGGGACGAAGGACGCGAGCGCGCGUGCAUCGAUGCAGACGACCAUGGACUGGCUGCAGGCGGCAGCGAACCCGAUUGCGUUUUUGCCCUUUGGCAAGCCGCGCGCCGAUGUGACGGAUCUCGUGCCGUUUGCGGCGCCACCCGACAACAACAGCACCGGCGACGAGACGCAACCGCUGCCUCCGUCGCACCACCCCAUCGAGAUGACGGCCGCGGAAGAGCUGCCGUUUUUGCAGGCGUUCACGCCGCUGGCGUUCCGGUCCGAGAUUGUCAUCGUACCGGCGGCGGACGCCGGCUCCGACGACACGACGCCCCUGCAAAAACACAUCAUCACGGCGUCGUCGACCACGCCGCCGGGGCUCUUUCUGGCACACAUUGAAAUGACGGUCCAUGCCAAGAGCCUGCGCAUCACCGACCUGCAGGUGCCGCGCAUGGCGCCGCCCGCGGCGGCCGCGGAGCUCGCGCCGCUGCUGGCACGGAUCACUACCGGCCAGGACGACGGCGGCGCCAGCACCAACGGCAGCUCCGCGCUGACGCGGAACGUGACGGUCCUGACGUGGGCCAUGGGCGAGUGGGUGCGGGUGGCGGUGCGGCGGGCCAAGUUCUGGGCCGUGCUCGCACGCAAGCUGCGCGAGAAGGGCGAUGGCGGCGGCGGCAUGGCCGGCAUGGCCGAGGACAUUCGGCAGACACGAGCGCAGCAGCGCAAGAAGCGACGGCGCAAGGCUGGCAGCGACGAUGGCGACGUCGAUGGCGACGACGAUGGCCCCAACCGACACGGAGCAGCGCCCGUCUCGCCGACCGAGCUGCUCGAGCAUCUGGGGCGGACCGCCAUGGACAUGGACGUGGACGUCCAGGACAACGGCGCCACCGCGUCGUCGUCGUCCCCCAGCCUCCGCGUCGAGUGGUCCAUCCAGUUUGACUGGACCGGCGAAGCCACGAGCCACAUUGGUCUCUUGGUCGGCGUUCCCGGCAAGUGGCGGAAGGCAGACAAGCGCGGCCGGCUGGCCCAGCUGCCGAAGCUGUUUGAUCAGCUGGUGCAGGACAGCGGCGACCCGAUGGACGCGGUGCAGACCGUGGUGGCGCUGCUGGCGGGGGAUGUGUAG